AUGCAUAUAUAGUGGUUUGUUUUAUCCUUUACCUUACUUUUAGAAAAAUAAUCGAUUGCGUAAAACUUAAGAAAGUAUUAAAAUUGUUCUGAAUAUCGCUAGCUAUUAAAAAAGCUGUUUAUUGUAUUGUUAUUUAGCUUUUUGUUCCUAGUAAAAUUUUUUAGUUCUUUUCUAAUGAUAUUUAGAUCCUUUUACUUCUAGUCGAGACAUUCAACUACAACAUCGUCCCCAUUAUCAAGAAUAUAUUUUAAAAAUGAAGAUAGAAUAUUUUUGUUUACAUUAUUCUUAUCUAAUUUUUCGUAAAGGGAUAGCAGAUAUUCAUCAUCUUAUUCAGUAAACUAUUUCCAAAACAGAGAAGAUGAAUCACAAAUUCUUCUUACAAAAUUUUAUUUUGUUUCAUUUGAGUCUUAAGAUACUUCGUUAUCUUAGUUUUAAUUUGAAAAGUCUUCUUAUUGUUAAUUCUCUGUACAUUAUUAUUGCUAAAAAUUUGCGCUAAUUAUAUCAUUUAAAGAAACAUCACUUUCUGAUGAUUUUUUUUCUUAAAAAUCUUAAAGACUUUCACAUAAUUUAUUCGUUUAUUACAUGCAGCUUUAGGAAAUUAAAUCUUGGUCUGAAGGAAUACAUUCGUUUGAAUUUGGGGAAGAAUUGUUAUUUGAAUAAAACGAAUUUUGUUUAUUGAUUACCUUAAUUUUUAAAUCUUGCUAUCUCUAAGUCAAUUUAUGA